CAGCGUUGGUCGAUAUCGACUCGGAUUGACAAUCCCACAGCACCGCGAAGAUAGCAAACCGAGCAAGCUGAAAACGAGUCCCGUUCACCCGCAGUUCCGUUUUUACACCGAACAAUUUAUAGACAGCGACAAUGAGACCGAUCCUCCUCCAGGGCCAUGAACGGUCCCUCAACCAGAUAAGAUUUAACCAUGACGGCGAUCUCCUUUUCUCUGUUGCGAAAGACAAGAUCCUAUGCGCGUGGUACUCGGCGAACGGUGAGAGACUAGGAACUUAUCACGGACAUCAAGGUGCGCUCUGGACCGUCGACGUCAGCCCCGGCACGGUUCUUCUGGCAACAGGUGCUGCAGACAAUACGGUUCGCCUAUGGAAUGCAAAGUCUGGCGAGUGUGUGAAGGUGUGGGAUUUUCCAACUGCGGUGAAGAGGGUCGAGUUCAGCCCCGAUGGGUCGAGAUUACUCGCGGUCACGGAGAAGCGUAUGGGUUACUUGGGCACAAUCGUUGUGUUUGAUGUGCGGUACGGAGACGGAGAGGGUAAUAAUCUGGACGACCAGACCGACGAACCUAGCUUGAAGAUUACUUGUGAACAGAGCAAAGCUACCGUCGCGGGAUGGAGUUUCUUGGGAAAAUACAUUAUCGCGGGUCAUGAGGAUGGCAGUGUAAGCCAGUAUGACUCAAAGACCGGCGAACAACUCCAAAAUGUUCAAGCGCACGAAUUUGACUAUCAAAUCAACGACCUGCAAUUCUCUGCCGAUAGAACUUAUUUCAUUACCGCCUCAAAAGACAAAUCCGCCAAAAUCAUCUCCUGCCGAGACCUCCAAGUCAUGAAAACUUUUGUCGCUGAUACUCCCCUCAACACCGCCGCCAUAACCCCAAAAAAAGACUUUGUCAUUCUCGGUGGUGGUCAAGCCGCCAUGGAUGUCACAACCACAUCAGCCAGGCAAGGAAAAUUCGAGGCCCGAUUCUACCACAAGAUUUUCGAGGACGAGAUUGGCCGCGUGCGAGGUCACUUCGGUCCCCUCAACACGAUUGCUGUGCAUCCAGCCGGCACUGGCUAUGCAUCUGGCGGAGAAGACGGAUAUGUCCGUGUACAUCAUUUUGAUAAGCCAUACUUUGACUUUAUGUAUGAGGUGGAGAGGGAGAAGGCAAGAAGAUAAGCGAUGAAGUUGAGGUUACGACCUAUUCCUCCGAGUCAUUUCUACCUUUUUUCCUUUUUAUCCCCUCCCCCUCUUCCCCCUUUUGUUGCUUUUAUUCGCGUCAUGAAUUUACGGCUUGCAAUUGCGAGAUGAAAAUUGGGUUGCGUU